GCUAGCUAUAUUUCUGUAUUUUGAAGAAUUGUCGAUUUACCCAGUGGUGUCACUUAACUUAGGCGUCCUGGCUGGGUGUUCAAACUAGAAUGAGUCUAAAAGUAGCUGACUAGCUAGCUAAUGUAGACUGAUUUGCCAGCUAGUAGUUAACCCUAGCGGCUAAAUUAUGAUGGACAAAGCCUUCCCUGCAAACAAAUUAUUUAGCUCGCUAGAUGGCUGCAAGAAGCAGUUUUGUUUUAGAAAGAUUGGUUAGCAGCGUGUGUUGUUGCUAGCUAGCAUUGGCCCUUAUACCAAAGAUGGUCUCAUGAGCUUAUCUGUGUUUAUACUGUUUGUUCCAACGCGCUUCACCCAUCAUUAUCGCCACCAAUUAACAAGGAUGUGCAACUGUACUGCAGUCCCCACGAACUUCGGACCUGCGCAGGGCCGUUCGCAGUGUUUUGGUCUUAAAUAGCUUCAUAAACCCCGCACAUUUCUACAAUUUCUCUUUUUAAAAUGUGAUUUAAACCUAACUACACUGCUAACCGUAUACUUUGUUUUUUGUUAUUGCAAUUUUUGCUAUUUUGUGGCUGUGGAAUCUGACUUUGUUGCUAGAAGCUAGUGGAAACCUAGCUAGUACUUCGGUGGGACGACAGAGUUUGCAACCAUGGCCGAUUCUGUAGCAGUAGAGGACCCGAAAUUCACUUUACAAGAGGUUCUUGACACUUUUAAGUCAUGCCUAUCUGAAAACAAAGAAGUAUUCCUCGAACAUUAUGUAGCAGGAUGGCUUGGUCUUGUAAGAUUCAUGAACAGCUUGGGGAGUGUGUUCUCCUUCAUCGCCAAGGAUGCUGUCAACAAGAUCCAAAUCCUGAUCAACCAUCUGAACGGUAAGAAUGGGGCCCACUACGUCACCGUCCAGUCUAUGGUCAAAUACGAACUGGACAACCAACUGGUGGACCUGACUAAGAGAGGCAGCUUCCCUGAGUCCGGCUGCCGCACCCUUCUGAGGCUGCACCGUGCCCUGCGCUGGCUGGAGCUUUUUCUUGAACGUCUGCGCACCAGCACUGAGGAAAGCAAGACCUCCGUCAUGUGCUCUGAGGCCUAUAAUGAGUCCCUCUCCCAACACCAUGCAUGGAUCAUCCGCAAGGCUGCCGGUACAGCUUUCUGGGCUCUCCCAGGGCGUGCUACGUUCUUUGAUGUGAUGAAUGUAGGUACCCCAGAGCAGGUAGUGGCCAUGCUAGGGGAUGCCCUGCCGCUCAUCUCUGAGGUGUACCAAGUGACAGAGGACCUCUAUGCCCAGAACAAUAUACUGGACUUGCCCUAGUAGGCAGGAAAUACUGUAGUAGUAGUAGUUGCCUGGUGGUCCCAGAUCUGUGUGUGUCAUCUUGCCAACUCCAAUGGAAUUGUUUAUAAGAGUUGGCAAGACAGCAUAAAUAGAUCUGAGACCACCAGGCUACUGUAGGCCUCGUAGUCCAACCAGCACAUCAAUGCUGGCAAGCCGUGCUGCUCCUUAUUGUUUCUUGGUGACAAUUUCUGGUGUAUAGAGAUGGGUGAAUUACUGUAUGUACAUUACAUUAUUAUGUAAUAAGGCAGCAUUACCCAUAUAUUUAGUUCUAAUUAGAUUUGUGAAAUGGGAUUUCUAUGGCAUUCAGUGCUGUUUUUGUGCAACACAUCUUUUUGCAUUUAAGUCUCUCCUUAAUUUGUUUAAGUAUGCAUCAGUUUUUAUCGCUCAAAGUAGGUUUUGUGUUACGAGAACAGUAUGAUUUCAUUGCGAAUGCAAUAGCAUAUUUUUAGGUUGUAUGUCUGUCUUGUCUAAUCUAAAGAUAUACAUGUCCUUAAUUGUCCCCCCACAAUGAAAUUGGGGGAGGGGGUACUGUGGAUCUGUCUCUGUCCCUUAAUACGUUCGUUCGUCACACGUGAUAUCUCGGACCGCACUGGCCCAAUUUUGACAAAUCGACAGCAAUUUUGUAGAAUGAUGCAUCUUGCCAUAGAAAUCAGGCAUUUACAAAAUUACAGUGAUUAUUCAGAUGGCGUGACAAAGGAACUGCAGCCCAUUGUUCAGAUGGGUUAAAUGGAAACUGAAAUCUGGAGACUGACUGUAGGUCUAUAACCUUAAACGUAGUCUUAAUAUUAACUCCUGCAGAAUUAAGCAUUUCUUGAAGUAAACUGAUACACCAAGUUUUACUCUGGAACAGGAGUGGAGAAAUAUGAUUGGUUUAUUUCAGCAUCUUGAGAGAAUGCAAAUGUGCAGUCUGUAGAGGUGCUAUCUUUAUCAGUGUCAUAAAAGCUGAUAGAUGUAUAUUUUAUGUGGUUGAAAUACUAAGUCGAAUGGAAAUCUUAUCAGAAAUAUGUUGGGUUGUUUUCACAGCUUUCUAUUUCCUUACAACCGGUUAAACUGAUGUCAUUUGGACAUUCUGCACAGAAAAUCUUUCCCAUUUUCUUUUGUUCUUGCAUUUUCUCCCCGGUCCCUAAAUGUCUUUGCUCUGUGAAGCAGAGAUGACAGGGGAACUUUACCGUUGUCAACUAAAUUUAAGCAAUCAUUCUAUCAUUUAUACAAUUCUGGUAAACAAGGGUUUAUUUAGGGUGUGUUUGUAAAUUCACUGGCAGUGCCAGAGUGCGCUCUGGGCAAUCUUAAAUUCAGAGCAUUGUCAGAUAGUCGGUUCACAAAUUCAGAGCGUUUCCCUCUCGGAGCGUUCAGAGUGCAAAAACGUAUUCUGCGGUAUGACUGUAGCCUACAAGGCAUUUUCUAUAUUUGCUGGUUAGGGUCAGGUGCGGGCCUCAGAUUUUAACUUUAACACAGUGGUUGCGGAUGGGUUAUUAGCAAUUGCGGGUAGGUACGUGACAGGUGAACAAACUUCUGAAUCGUGCACCACUAUCAGACAAGACUGGCUGAUUUUUGAGGAAAUUUGGGUGAAUGAUGAGUCUUGCCCAGUGGCGUUCAGUGCCGUUUAAGAUGAGGGACAACAAUUAUUUUUCAUGAGCAUGGCCUUAUUUCUAUUACAGCAUAUUGGAUGACUCUAAUUCAUAUUCCAUUCACCUAGUUCAAUGUAACAGCGAUAGGUUUAGACUACUACAUGAUACUCAAAUUUUCCCUAUACCCUAUUUCCCUAGGUUGCUACAACCUAGCCUAUGAAUGAAAGUUUACAACUUAGGUGCGUGCACACUUCGAAAGACAGGGUGUCUUAAUUAGUCCAACAGUUGCAAACAAGAGUUUCUAUUGGACAAAUUCAGGUAUGUUUGUUUCAUUUGAUUCCAUGUAAGAAACGUUUUUCAACAGAAUUGGCUGAAUGAAUACACCUCUGAUAAUGUGUAAACACCGUUCACUUUCAUAACAGCCACGUUGUAUUCCUUCUCGCAUCUCCUCUCACCUCUUCCCUCUGUUGUGGACUUCAAUGCACAACACAUCAGCUGUAUGUGACCAGGCAGAAAAAACCUUUCCAAGCCAAACCGCUACACACAGCCUACAUCAUUGUCACCAUAUUAGCUAAAGUAAUGUCAUAGUCAGCAUAGAUAAUAGAACUAAAGCGUUAGUAAACCCGCUAGAGUAAUUCAGUAACGCUACAGUGUACGGUCAGUAAGAAGUUACAUCAAAGAGGCCCCGGUGGCAAUAAAUUAGUAAUACCAAAAGCUUACCUUGGAGAAAAAAGAAAAAACAACUUGGAGUUCCAGUGUUAGGUUGGAAAGUCAUAGCCAGCUAGCUAGCAUAGCAUCCCUCUGUUUGAGAAGGGUGUUUCAGUAGGCUAAACUAGCCAGCUGCAUUUGCUAGCUAAGUGAAACUGAAAGUGGGGAAAAAGGACAAUCUCUAUUUCUCUCUUGCUUCCCCUUAAUUUGUUAAAAACUGUUCCAACUAUUGUCUUUCUCUUUGAGUCAACUACUCACCCCAUUAAAUACACUGCAGUGCUAGCUAGCUGUAGCUUAUGCUUUCAGUACUAGAUUCAUUCUCUGAUCCUUUGAUUGGGUGGACAACAUGUCCUGUUCAUGCUGCAAGAGCUCUGAUAGGCUGGUGGACGUCCUCUGGGAGUUGUCAUAAUUACUGUGUAAGUCUAUGGAAGGGGGUGAGAACCAUGAGCCUCCUAGGUUUUGUAUUGAAGUCAAUGUACCCAGAGGAGCACGGAAGCUAGCUGUACACCGGCUAUACCAUGGAAUUAUACUACAGAGUGCUGUUGAGGCUACUGUAGACCUUCAUUGCAAAAUAGUGUUUUAAUCAAUUAUUUGGUGAUGUGAUUAUAUUUAGUAUAGGUUUAUCUAAAAAGGAUAACUUUUUUAAUGUUUUACAAAUUAAAUUUUUCUGAAAUUCACUGAGGAGGAUGGUCCUCCCGUUCAUCCUCUGAGGAGCCUCCUCUGUUUUUGCCUUAAAAAUCUGUCAUUUACAAAAUUACACUGAUUGGCCCUGGGGGGGCUGCAUCAUUCGUGGGGGAUGACAUGUUUACUGUUGCCUUGUUUGUUUAAAAUAUGUACCACUUGAUCUUACAGUUUGGCAUUUUUUCUGUUGACUAUGAAUGAAUGAAAUUUAACACUGAGACCUGAUAA